CCAUAUAAAUAUAGAUACGCCCAAGAAGGAUACAGAGGACAGUUGUUUUGCAAAUAGGUCCCUCAAAAACAAAAGAAUUACAAUCAAGCUCCUAGGAACCUCUGCACCUCGAAACCUCCAGAGCCCAAUUUCACCGGUCACCCACCGGGCUCGAACGCCGGCUCGCCUUCUUCCCGAGAUCCGCCGAAGCUCCAUCGCCUCGAGGCUUUAAGAAGAGUCCGAGUAGACACUCAUCCAAACGGAUGAGAUAAAGGCAUUGCCGAUAGCCCGUCGACUGGGGCCGUGCCCCAAGCUCCGACAAUCUUGGACCAAAACUCGCCGCCAACCAUCUUCAGGGGGAACUCAAGCUCGAUCGACUCUCCUACCAUCUGCCGGACCCACAACCGCCGCUGCAUCUUCAAACCAAAACGCCAGCGUACUUACCUCCCUACCGCGACGACAAAUCGUCGGCCGUUGCCUCCAACACAGGAGCUCCACGCUGGAACAGGAGGCUCCACCCUCACAGACCUCGCACCGGCGCCAGAGUGAGCGCCGCUACAGCAGCUUGGCUUGGCCUUUGGCGCUGGGCAAGCAGCAAGCAGGCAGUAACAGUACACGUGGCAUGUGCUGACCGGCGAGCUCAGCAGCACAGGUGAGGGUGUGCGUGUAGCAGCGGGUGGUGUUGGUCUUUGGCACUCUGCAAGGGAGCUCGGCUUCUUGGCGUGCACGCAGCAAGAGCAGCAGCAGCUUUGCCACGCACACUAGGUGCUCGAGAGAAAUUUCCACCAAGCUUUUUGUUGCACUUGUGUGUGUAUUCUUGGUUGUUUUGUAGGUCUUUAUCAAGCGUGUGCGUGUGUGGAAAAUCCAUAGUACGACGUCGUUAAUUUGCAGCUAGUUUCAUCAACGUCCACCAAGUGUUCGAUGAAAUGCUGCACAAGGGUUUUCUCCGCCAAGGUGGUGCGGUUGCAACCAAGGAUGAGUGGAGAAAGGAGCGCGACAAGCUGAACAAGGAUGAUGAAGUUAUUGCAUUUUUGCAUCUUUUGAUGGAAGAAAUCUCUGAAGAAGAUGAACUGCGACACAAGCUUCACAAGAUGAGUAAAGGUAAACUCUCUCAAGGUAUAAUCCGUCUGUUCAUUCGCCUUUGUGCUCAUGGAGAGAUUAUUGCUGAACUUAAGGAAAAUUUGGACAUGUAUAGACUUGAUAGUGUGAAUGCCUCAACUGUUUGCAAGUCAAGCGUACCUUGGCCAUGCAAUUCUUGUGAUGCUUUGCUUGUUGAAAAUGAAAAAUUGAAAAGAGAUUUCUAUCUUGGUGACAAGCAACUCAACUUGACAUUCGUAGAAGAUUACUUGAUGAGAUUUAUAUUGAUUAUGAUGCUUUGAAAUCUGAAAAUGACUUGUUGAAAUCUAAUGCCUCUAUGCCUUGCAAUUCUUGUACUGCUUUAAAUGAUGAUCUUUAUAAGGCUAGAGAUGAAAUUGCUUUGUUGAAGUUAAAUUCUUCUUUACCAUGUGUUUUAUGUGAGUCUUUGUUUGCUGAAAUUAAUGAAUUAAAUUUGACUCACACCACAUGUGUAGAACAAUUUGAGCACGCUAGGGCUCAAAUUAAUGAGAUAAAAUCUUUUCUAGUACUAUAUGCUUUGUGAUGAAAAGUAAUGAUGCU